AUGGUUGAGUCUGAGUCUGGUCCAGUAGAAACGUUUGCAUUCCAAGCUGAAAUUGCUCAAUUGAUGAGUUUGAUUAUUAAUGCUUUCUACAGCAAUCGUGAUGUCUUUCUUCGUGAAUUAAUCUCUAACUCUUCUGAUGCUUUGGAUAAAAUACGUUACCAAGCUCUUACAGAGCCAAAGGAGCUUGAUACUGGAAAAGAUCUCUAUAUUAAGAUUAUUCCAAAUGUAUCUGAGAAAACACUCACAAUCAUCGAUACUGGUGUCGGUAUGACAAAAGCUGAUCUUAUCAACAAUCUUGGUACUAUCGCAAAGUCAGGAACAAAAGCUUUUAUGGAGGCUCUUCAAGCUGGUGCUGAUAUUUCUAUGAUUGGUCAAUUUGGUGUUGGUUUCUACUCUGCUUUUCUUGUUGCCGAUAGAAUUACUUUAAUUUCUAAGCACAACGAUGACGAAUGUUACAUUUGGGAGUCAUCUGCUGGUGGUUCAUUCACAAUCUCAGAAUACAAUGAUCCUGAAUUAACUCGUGGUACAAAGAUUAUCCUCCACAUCAAAGAGGACCAAGCUGAGUAUCUUGAGGAGAAGAAGAUUAAGGAAAUUGUCAAGAAACACUCUCAAUUUAUUGGUUACCCAAUAAAAUUGGUCGUUGAGAAAGAACGUGAAAAGGAGGUUUCUGACGAUGAGGAAGAAGAUGAUGCUAAGAAGGAAGGUGAUGUUGAAGAUGUUAAGGAAGAUGAAAAGAAGGAGAAGAAGAAGAUCACAGAGAAGUACAAUGAAGAAGAAGAGUUGAAUAAGACUAAACCAAUUUGGACACGUAAUCCAGAUGAUGUUACCAAUGAGGAAUAUGCUGAUUUCUACAAAUCUCUUUCAAACGAUUGGGAAGACCAUCUUGCCGUCAAGCAUUUCUCUGUCGAAGGUCAACUUGAGUUCCGUGCUCUUCUUUUUGUACCACAACGUGCUGCUUUUGAUUUGUUUGAGAACAAGAAAAGUAAGAAUGGAAUCAAGCUUUAUGUUCGCCGUGUUUUCAUUAUGGACAAUUGUGAUCAAUUGAUGCCAGAAUACUUGAACUUCGUCAAGGGAGUUGUUGACUCUGAAGAUCUUCCAUUGAACGUUUCUCGUGAAAUGCUCCAACAUUCUAACAUCCUCAAAGUUAUCCGUAAGAAUCUUAUUAAGAAAUCUUUAGAACUUUUCGAGGAAAUCGCUGAGGACGCUGAUAACUUUAAGAAAUUCUAUGAGCAAUUCGCUAAAAAUAUCAAACUUGGUGUUCACGAGGACUCAACAAAUAGAAAGAAACUCGCCGAAUUCCUCCGUUAUCGUACUUCAGCUUCUGGAGAUGAACAAAUUUCAUUGAAACAAUAUGUCGAACGUAUGAAGGAAGGACAAAAUGCAAUUUACUUUAUUACUGGUGAAUCAAUCGAAAUUGUAUCCAAAUCUUCCUUUGUUGAACGUUUAGUUCGUAAAGGUUAUGAAGUCAUCUACAUGUGUGAUCCAAUUGAUGAAUACUGUAUCGCUCAACUUAAGGAAUAUGAUGGAAAGAAAUUGGUAUCUAUUACCCGUGAAGGUCUUGAACUUCCUGAAGAUGAAGAAGACAAGAAGAAGUUUGAAGAAGCUAAAGUCGAGUACGAAAAACUCUGCAAGACAAUGACUGACAUUCUUGACAAGAAAGUUCAAAAAGUUGUUGUUUCCAACAGACUUGAGGAAUCUCCAUGUUGUAUUGUUACCACUGAAGCCAGUUGGUCUAGCAAUAUGACCCGUAUUAUGAAAGCUCAAGCAUUACGUGACUCAACUACAAUGGGAUACAUGGAAUCUAAGAAAAUUCUUGAAAUCAAUCCAGACAACUCAAUUAUCAAGACAUUGAAGAAUCGUAUUGAUAGUGAUGCAGAUGACAAGACAGCAAAAGAUCUUAUUGUCCUCCUCUUCGAGAUCUCUUUGAUCAACAGUGGAUUUACCCUCACAGAUCCAUCAGCUCAUGCCAACAGAAUUUACCGUAUGAUUAAGUUAGGAUUAGACUUGGAAGCUGAUGAGCCAGAACCUGAACCAGUUGCUGCACCUGUAGCUGAAGUUCAAGAAGAUGCUGGAGAUUCAGCCCGUAUGGAAGAGGUUGACUAA